AUGAAUAAUCAACGUUCAGUGACUGAGUUGAUGGAAAAGUAUGGUGAUAAGGAGAGUGGUAUUACUAGAAUGUCACUAAUGGAUAGAAAUAUGGUCAUUAUUAAUGAUAAGGAUCUGUUAAAGGAAGUUAUCAUUACAAAGGGAUCAAUCUUUACAAAAUUCACAGAAGUUUAUGAAGUUUUCAAAGUGUUUGGAGAGAAUAUCUUGACAGUUUUGGAUGCUUCUUCAGAUUCAUGGAAAAAUCAUCACAAGAUAUGUUCGCCUGCAUUCACAACUCAGAAUUUGCAAUAUUUGUGUGAAUAUGCUGCCAAGUCUGUAGAAAAAUUAUUCGAAUCUAGAUGGGAGAAACAAAAGGGAGAUCAUACUCUCAAGAAUGGAGAAAAUUAUCAAGAUGCUUAUUUGACAAGUGACAUUAAGGGUGAUUUCAGUGAUGUCACAUUGGAUAUAUUGGGUCAAGUUGGUUUCGGUUUGGAUUUUGAAAUUUUCAAGGAAAAAACAGGAACUUUAUCCGAAGGUCAACAAUUCAGAAAGAGUUUGGAAGUUUUAUUCACUACAGGAAUCUUUGUAAAAUUAUUUAUUGGAAUGAGUAAGGUGUGGAAGUUUUUAUAUCCAUUUGCUCAAAAAUUAUUCAAGGUUGAUGUUGCUUAUAACAUUGUCAGUUCUAAAUUGGACGAAAUCCUCAAGGAAAGAACCAAAGAAAUUGAAUUAGCUUAUGCCAACUCUGGAGAAAUUCAAACUGGAGAAAGAAGAGACUUGUUGAGUUGUCUCAUUGAGGCCAACUAUGUUCAAAAGGGAGUUUUGACUGAGGAUGAAGUUAAAUCAGAUGCAUUCAUCUUUUCGCUUGCUGGACAUGAGACAACUUCUACUACAUUACAGUGGACUUGUUACGAACUUGGUAAAAGACCUGAAAUACUCAAGAAAGCUCAAGAAGAAGUUGAUCGCAUACUUGAGAAUGGAUCAAGAAUUGCAACCUAUGAUGAUUUCCCUAAAAUGAACUAUCUCAACAUGAUCAUUAUGGAAAGUCUCAGAGUUCAUCCUCCUGUCAGUGCUGCCUAUAGAGUUGCCAAAAAGGCAACCACCAUUGGAAAGUAUCACAUUCCAAAAGAUACAAUUAUUCAAAUGGAAUUUGCUAACACUCAUUGGAAUGAAAAAUUCUGGGAACAAGCCAAUGAAUAUAAUCCAGAACGAUUCCCAACUGAUUUUGAGGAUAGACAAAAGAUUCACAGCGAUUUCACAUGGGUUCCAUUCUCAAUGGGAAAUAGAAAAUGUAUUGGCUAUAAAUUUGCUCAAUAUGAAGCCUUUGCCAUCAUGUCACGACUUUUACAAUUAUACGAUAUUAAAUUGGUCAAUGAUGAGAGACUUCCUGAAGAUCAAGUGACUGAAGAAAAGGGUCCAACUGUCGGCCCAGGAAAUUUACAUUUGAUUUUCAAGAGAAGAUCAUCUGUGAAUGCAUCUCAAUAA